AUGAUAACUGGUGAAUCAAUCCCAGUAUCGAAAGAAAUUGGUGAUAUCGUAAUAAGCGCAACAGUAAAUCAAACAUCAACAAUUUGGAUAAAAGCAACAAAAGUUGGCACCGAUACAACAAUAUCACGUAUAAUAACUCUCGUACAAGAAGCACAAUCAAGUAAAAAAGCACCGAUCGAAGAAUUCGCUGAUAAAGUAUCACACAUCUUUGUCCCAGUUGUGAUUGCAAUAGCAGUGUUUGUGUUCGUAGUGUGGGUUGGAUGUGGUGGAACUGGUAGAAUCCCAAGUGAUUGGUUAGACACAGACCAGAAUUAUGUGAUGUUUUCAUUAUUUUUUGCUAUUUCUGUGAUGGUAGUAGCGUGUCCUUGUGCGAUGGGUCUUGCUUCACCAACUGCAAUCAUGGUAGGCACAGGAAUAGCAGCAAAACUUGGAAUCUUGAUAAAAGGAGGAGGAGAAGCGAUUGAACUAACAAACAAAAUAGAUGUGAUUGCAUUUGAUAAAACGGGAACUUUGACUUUUGGUAAACCAAAAGUUAUCGACUCGAAUUUUUUCUAUCCCAAAAAGCCAAUGGAAAAUGCACGACAAUAUGAACAAUUGAUAAUCAGGAUUGUCGGUUUAGUUGAAUCGUCAAGUGAUCAUCCAUUAGCAAAAGCUGUUGCUCAAUUUAUCAUGGAGCAAACCAUGGAGCGAAACCUGAAUGUUUCAUCGUAUCUUGAAACAGAUAAGCCUGUUCUCGACUUACCAUCGAACAACGUGACAUUAGAUACUGUUACCGAAGUACCUGGUAAAGGACUCGAAGCAAGAGUAAAAGUUGAUUUCGCACCUCCGAGUUUAUCGGGUUCAAACCACGACACGACUUCAUUAUAUUACGAUGUGUUUAUCGGAAAUGAAAGAUGGUUACGUGAACAUAAUUGCAUUUACCCGGCUCAGAUAAUAAAUCAAGAAGCGGAAAAUACGCUGUGGAAUUGGAAGUUAAGCGGUUCUUCGAUCGUGUUAGUUGGAUUGAGGAACUCAUCGGAAACGAAAGGAGGAUUGAUAUUGGCUCAGCUUGCUGUGGCGGAUACACCGAGACCAGAUGCAGCGAAAACUGUUGCAGCAUUGAAAUCACGGGGAAUUGAUAUUUGGAUGAUUACUGGGGAUAAUCCGAUCACCGCAAAGGCAAUUGCAGUACAAGUUGGUAUUGAGAAUGUGUUGGCAGAAGUAUCACCAGAAAUGAAAGCGGAACAAGUUAAGUGGCUACAAAGGCGCGGUGCUUCAUUUUAUGAUGAAAGUAUUGAAAAAAGUAACCUUAAAGCAAAAGUCUCUAGACAGUUCUGGCGAUUCAAAAACUCAGAAUCAAAAGACCAACGACGUGCAAUUGUCGCAAUGAUCGGUGACGGGAUUAACGAUUCACCUGCACUAGCACAAUCAGAUCUACCGAUUUCAAUAGCAAGUGCCACUGAUGUUGCUAUUGAAUCAUCGUCAAUUAUCCUUACGAGGUCAACUCUCUCGUCACUUAUCACUCUAAUCGCAUUGUCACAUUCCAUAAUACGCCGUGUUCGAUUGAAUUUCUUGUGGGCUUACCUUUAUAAUACAUUGGCUAUACCAAUAGCAGCCGGUGUUUUUUUUCCCGUUUUUCAUUUUGCUUUGAGACCUGAAAUCGCGGGACUAGCGAUGGCCGCGAGCUCUAUAAGUGUUGUUUUGAGUAGUUUGUUGUUGAAACGCUUUAAAGAACCUUUAGUGCCCGAAAUUAAAACUAGUUCUUAUGGUAUGGCAGCUUAA